GCGACGAGAUGGAGCCCAACUCACUUCUGUGGGUAGGCUCACCUUGUGGUUUGCACGGACCUUACAUUUUCUACAAGGCGUUUAGAUUUCACCUUGAAGGCAAAGCGAGAAUUUUGUCCCUGGGUGAUUUUUUCUUGGUCAGAUGUAAAGCAGGGGACCCCAUCUGCAUAGCAGAGCUACAACUCGUAUGGGAGGAAAGGACAACCAAGCAACUUCUAUCCAGCUCCAAACUUUAUUUUCUUCCAGAAGAUACCCCCCAGGACAGAAAUGUCACUCACGGAGAGGAUGAAGUUAUCGCUGUCUCUGAGAAAGUCAUAGUGAAGUUGGAGGAUCUGGUGAAAUGGAUGGUGGCGGAUGUGUCGAGUUGGAACAAGGGUCUGCAGGCCAUACCCCUGAAACCCACCGUGCUGAAGGAGCUCGGCAAAAACGGCCAGAGAGAAGCGCUCCACAAAUACAGAGAGUCCACGCUCAACAGCGGCCUCAACUUCAAGGACGUCCUCAAAGAGAAGGCUGAACUCGGUGAAGAUGUGGAGGAGAAGAAGGUUCUGGUACUGAGUUACCCCCAGUACUGUCGGUACCGUUCCAUCAUUGCGCGGCUUCGUGAGCGGCCUACUUCCUUCCUGACGGACCAUGUGGUGCUGGCCCUGGGGGGAAUCGCCUCCCUCACCAACAACACCCAGAUCCUGUACUGCAGGGACACUUUCGAGCACCCCACGCUGGUGGAGAAUGAGAGCGUAUGUGAUGAGUUCGGUAAGUAG